AUGACACCUUUAAAAGUAGCGAUCAUUGGUGCAAACGGUAGGAUUGGUAGAUUGUUGGUGGACUCGUUGAAGAAAGACACUGCUCAAUUUGCUACACCCUUAGCUCUAGUGAGAAACAAAGAGCAACAGCAGCGGUUUAUUGAAGAGGUCGGCAUCAAUGCCUCUCUCACUUCUAUCGAGUUUUCCUCCGUAGCCGAGAUUGCAUCUGCGAUCAAAGGCUACAAUGCGGUUGUGUUCUGUGCCGGUGCCGGUGGGAAGGGAAUGGAGCGGAUCUUCACCGUGGACUUGGAUGGCUGUGCCAAGACGCUGGAGGCUUGUGAACAGGUUGGGAUUUCCAGAUUCAUUGUCGUCUCUGCGAUCAAAGCUGAGGACAGAUCGUUUUGGUGGGACUGGACGGGGCUACGUGAAUACUACAUCGCAAAGAGAGCUGCUGACCAUGACGUGAGGAACUCCAAAUUGGAUUACACAAUUGUUCAGCCAGGUUCUUUGGCAGAUGAUGCCUCCACAGGGAAAUUGGCAUCAGUUCAAGAGAUCGACUUGAAAUUGGCCGCUGGUGAAAUAACUUGUAACAGGGCUGACGUUGCCCUGUUUAUAAAGGAAGCUUUGCUCCACCCAAAGGAAACCAAUAGAAAGACCGUACCUUUGUUGAAUGGUGACAUCCCAGUGGAACAAUUUAUAAAGUCAUUAUAA